AUGGCAACCCCAAGUCCUUCCAUCGACUCCACCAUUUCUCUUAUGCGAGCGAUUGACGGUAGUCACCUUAAGUGGUCCGACUUCCGGACAGUCGUUCUCAGCGCCUUCCGCAUUACCCUUAACGAAACAAUUCAACUGUCAGAGCUAUCAAGACCAUUUACCGACAGGCUGAAGGUAGCCUUGCAAGGCCUGGAUCGCUUCUCACAUCAACAAAGGCAAUGGCGUAGCCAGGUCGAAAAUGGCAAUGCUUUCGGACCCACCAUGUUGUUCCCUCCCAAUGUUCUACCUCCCAUUGGUAUUCAUCCUGCCCUGCACAGAUGCUUGAUCCCCAAAUUAAGUCGAGAGGCACUCCCACCUCGCGCGGUCAGGGCGAGAGACAGCUUGUUCGAACUACCCGCACCUCGUCCCGGACUUCUCACAGGAUUCUCUACCUCUGCCUUCAAUGACCGCGAGCUUGCAAGCCUCCCUAGUUCCUCAUCAGCAACCGGCACAAUCGUGGACUUCUCUGCUGGCACUGUGAUUCCAGGUGCUACGGCAUAUUGUCCCUUUUUAGUGUUUGAACGUAUGAGAAUAGUGUCAGAUGACAACAUUCAAUCUACCAGAAAUCAAUGCGCCAUCGCAGGAGCUCACUGCGUCCGUGCAUUACAGAUUCUUUUUAAGCGUUGCUGUGGUCCCCGGCCUGCUCUUGACAAGCCUAUCGCCUUCUCCUGUGCCAUCGACAGCUCUACCGCCCUGAUAAACUAUCACUCCACUGAUAAUGACGGAAGAUAUUACAUGUCAGAGAUUUCUCGAUUCAAUCUAGAGGAUUCCGAUAGUUUCAAUGAGUUCCAAGGAUGGAUUGAAGCCAUUGAAGAAUGGGGAUCUACAUAUCUUCUUCCGGUCAUCAAGGUCGCUCUACAACAACACCUCAGAGGGAACUUCACACCUCCUAUAUCUCCGAUGCCUUCCCUGACGCUAUCGAUUGACACCGCGGCAGGUGGUGAAGAAAUUAUUAUGAAAAUCCUCCGCUCAACAUUUGGGUCUAUUAAAUGGAAAUGUGAAGGCGAGUAUGAAACACCGCUGAACAGCAGUAUUGCACACUGUGGGACACCCUUUGGCGCUCGAAAGAUAAGAACGAUGGCAUUAUCACCGACAGAGUCUAUCGAGAUGGCGAGUGCAAUAUCUGCUGGCCGACAUGGACCUUUCUCGGGGUGGAGAAUGAAAGCUGAUAUCGGUCCUCGAUCACCCAUGUCACGGAAACAUCAUCCCCUUUCCCCAUUGAAACUAAAGCACGACUUUCCGGAGUCGCCAGUCCGCCGUUUAACGCUUUCUCCGUGCACACCGCCUCCAGAGGCGCCAUGGACCGCCAAGUCUCCAAUGCUCGUUCUUCAACGGCGAAUGGAUCUCGCCAUGGACGAAAUACAAGAACUUAGGACUUUGGUCCAGACACUGCAGAAAGAACUCGCCACGAAGAAUGUGAUUCCAAGCGGCCAGCCCGAGCCCGCACGCAAACAAGCGCGUCAACUGCAUCAUUACGAUUCGGACUCGAUCAUGACUCCGACUGCACCGACUCUCACUAGCCCCAUCGGGUGGGAAGAGUCUUUGGAUCGCGCCUUUGCCGUCCAGGCCUAUGAAAAAUCAAACAAGCCAGAGUCGCAAUACCAGCAGAAUCUUGUCCUCCCAGGCGUGUACGCCUUAUUUUUCUUUUUAUCAUGGUUGACGGGACAUGGUCUGCGCCAGCCAUUAAUGAAUGUGAUGUUAACUUUCCUGACUUGGUCAAUGGCCGGAUUUAUGUAUGAACAAGCGGACCUCUUGUUCUAG